CCGGUGGGGCUUGUGCUGUGCGCACACACACAGCUCUCACUGCACCUGUCUGCUGGGCACAGGCACAGCUGGUGAGCUGGGAGGAAGGAGAAGAGGGGAAACCCUUCCAUAAAGAGGCUGGAUAUUGGGAAUUCAACAAUAAAGCCACAGAGGCAGUGCCCAAACGGGCAGGAAUGGAAGAAAAGCCCCUAAACUUGCUGGAGGGCAAGGAGACACAAAGGCACCAGGCUUGGCUUUCCUCCUCCUUCUGAACUUGGAUUCUCCUGGGUAGGUUUCCCCUGCCACCACCACCUGUAGUUUUUUGUUUGGUUGCUACAAGUGUUUUCUUUGCUGGUCCCCAGAGACUCCAGCUGCAGCACACCUGGACCGAGCUGGCCAUCCUUUGGGGCAGACUGGGGAAGGAGAGAGGGGAGCCCCUGGGCCCCCCUGCAAACUGGAUAGGAAGGAAUCUGUCAAACUGCAGUCACGCCAGCCCGAGCUGCCUCUCUUUAUGUGGACACUGCGCUUCCCUGGGAUCGCCUGGCUCGUGCAUUUAAGAUGUCUGGGAAAGUUUUCCUGAUGUACCUGACAAUCUAUCCCGCCCUACAGAUAAGGACAGAAAGCAUGGAGGAGUAUGACUACGAUUACCUCAGUGUCAAUAAAACCUGGGUCCUGACCCCCAAGGCGCAGGAGACGGACGCCACACAAAUCCUCAACUCACUGCUGAAGAACUAUGACAACAAACUGAGGCCCGACAUCGGCAUCAAGCCCACAUUCAUCGAUGUGGAUAUCUAUGUGAACAGCAUCGGGCCAGUCUCCGUCAUCCAGAUGGAAUAUACCAUUGAUAUCUUCUUUGCUCAGACCUGGUAUGACCGGCGCCUUCGCUUUAACAGUACCCUCAAAGCCCUGACUCUGAACACUAACAUGGUGAGCCGCAUCUGGAUCCCAGACACCUUUUUCAGGAACUCCAAGCGGGCUGAUUCACACUGGAUAACUACACCCAACCAGCUGCUCAGGAUCUGGAAUGAUGGCAAGGUGCUCUACACGCUCCGGCUGACCAUAGAGGCGGAAUGUCUACUCCAGCUGCAGAAUUUUCCAAUGGACACGCACUCCUGCCCGCUGGUUUUCUCCAGUUAUGGCUACCCACGAGAGGAGAUUAUCUACCGCUGGAGGCGUUACUCCAUUGAAGUCUCAGACCAGCGCACAUGGAGACUUUAUCAGUUUGACUUCACAGGCCUGAGGAACACGUCAGAAGUUCUCAGGACAGGAGCUGGGGACUAUAUGGUCAUGACGGUUUCCUUUGAUCUGAGCAGGCGGAUGGGCUAUUUUGCCAUUCAGACCUAUAUCCCUUGCAUCCUGACCGUAGUUUUGUCCUGGGUUUCCUUCUGGAUCAAGAGAGACUCCACACCGGCCAGGACUUCUCUGGGUAUCACCACAGUGCUCACCAUGACUACCUUGAGUACCAUCUCCCGCAAACACCUCCCAAGGGUCUCCUACAUCACCGCCAUGGACCUCUUUGUCUCGGUGUGCUUCAUCUUCGUCUUUGCCGCUCUCAUGGAGUACGCCACGCUCAACUACCUGGUGGGAAACAAGAAACCGCCGGAGCACAACAGCAAGAAACCCAGACUGCCACCUGCCAAUGCCCACGUGAUGCCCACCUUCACCACCAUCAACAUCAACAACCUCAUGCACUGGCCUCCUGAGGUCGAGGAGGAGGAGGAGCCGGGUGCCCCUUGCCUAGAAGGGAAGGAAUGUGAGAGGUUUUUUUGCUGCAUCGAGGACUGUCAGACAGGGACUUGGCGGGAGGGCCGCAUCCGCAUUCACAUCUCCCGCCUGGACUCCUACUCCCGGGUUUUCUUCCCUACCGCCUUCCUACUCUUCAACAUCGUGUACUGGAUCGCCUAUCUCUAUCUCUAGCUGUUCCCCAAUCUGUGCUGAAAUAAACCAGAGGCCAACAAGAGUUGCAGAAAAGGAAAAAGGGAAACAGUGUUGCUUCUCAUUUUAGUCAUUCAUUUUUUUUGACACUUGCCCAACCUUAACCCCUUCCUCCCCUUCUGAGUAGAACCAGUUGGGGGAAAAAUGCAUGGCCAAACUCUUUGAUGAAAACCAGGUUGUCAACACAUGGGAAAUUUUCUUGUGAAAAUUUCCGGUUUUCUGCAAAAGAACAUACCUGAAUGUUUUUUCCAUUUCCAAUGAAACCCCAAUAAUUUCACAGAAAGUGCUGACGAAAUUGAUUUUUUUUUCAUUUUUGCAGGAAAUCAAAUAAAUUUCUUGACCAGCUCUACUCCUGAGUCAGCUUCUGUUGACAUAGACCCUGGUGAAGGGCCAUGGAAAAGUCCACAAGGACUGGAGGUGGGGGAGGAGAAAAUGGCUACAUCCUCCCGUCUAUCAGGAGCCAGUGUUGUUCAAAAUGUGGAUGGUACUUGCUAGAAAGGGUGCAUGGCCAUAGACCUGGGAUGGACCAGUGCAUCCCCCAGCAGCCUCUACCUGCAGGGUUGCUAUGGGACUCUCACUGUAGCCCACAGCUGUCCCCUGCUGUAGCAGAUGGUACCAAGACACAGCAGUAGGGACUUUCCCUGACACUGGUCAGUCUAUGAAACUAUGCAUUUGGAAACUUUUAAAUAAGCCUGUGAGGAUCCAUCUACUCUACAAAAUACAACCCUAUAAA